GCCGUUGCAUCUCGAGAGCUUGCUUCUCCCAUUCCCCGAGUACAGUACACACGACCCCAACAGGUCCUCGACUGCGAACGGAGCAAUCAUGCCACCAUGGCGCCCUCCCGUCAGCACACCUUCACGCUGGUUCCCAACCCGCUGGGCGUGCAGGGCCUGAUGUCGCGGCCGGCCAGCGGCCCGGAGAGCAAGCCGCCGAUGACGUCCAAGCAGGCCCAGAAGCUGUACAGGCAAGCCACCCGCGGGCCUCGCCUCUCCAAGGCCGAGCAGCGCCGCAUCGAGCGCGAGGAGCAGGAGCGCAUCCGCCGGGAGCUUGCCAAGGACAAGCAGGCUGCAAAGGCCCGCGCGCUGCGCGAGAAGAAGAAAGCCAAGGAACAGCAGGUGCUCGAGGAGAAGCGGCGCCGCGGCCUGCCGCUCGUCGACGUGCGGCCGAGCCAGGACACGAUAUCGAGAUUUGUCCGAGGCAAUGGCGCUGGGAAGAAGCGGGACGCGACGGGGACCAAGGUCGACCUGCCCACCGUCGAAGAGGAACCCGACGACAUCGACCGACCGAGGACCGAGGACGGACUAGAGAAGAAGACGUCUUGCGAACAAGGUGCGACGGAAAGCCAAAGCAAGAGACAGUGCCUGGAUGUGCGUGACGUGCAGGAGGGCAAUAACGUUUUACUGGUUAGGGGAGUGGGAUCACCGGUCCCGGCCCCGGCUCCUGCCCGGUUGAUUGAACUUCCUGAGAGCGGGAAGUCUUCUGAACACGCCGAUUACGUGGAAAAUGAGCCGAAAAUAUUAUCAGAGGAGGCUGAACGGCGGACGACCGCGACCGGAGUACCGGGGAACAAGGUGGAGCAGAAUUCAACAACGGCAGAGACUGUGGAGUCUCAGGGCAAGACGACCUCUGGGCAAGUCAGGGCACCUGGGAAUAUGCCAGCGCCAGAGAUCAGUAACACACAUCCGGGACCUUCUUGCGGCAAGCUUGAAAACACUGUUGGGUCCGGGUCCACUAAUACCCAUGGACGGCCCGCCCCGGAGACGCCGGCCAGCGCUCUCUCCAUCCACGCAGGACGGCAGGGCACGCCGACCCACGGCUUCACGGGUCAGUGCAUCAGGGCACCAACCACAACCAUUCCUCAACCGCUCACGGGCGGACUUCGUGAGCGACCAAUGCCCCAGCAGACAUCGGUCAGCAAGCAGAUGAACACACCGCGACCGCCGCUUAACAAACCUGACCCAAAACAUCCGCAACAGCCAUCAGCGGCGCCUCAGUCGGCACGGAAACCACUGCAGGAGACAACCAACGCACAAAACCGAGCCACGAAGCCAGAGUCGACUACUGCAAACGCCGCUAAGGCAGCCUCGCCACGCAGACCUACUCCCAUGGCUUCAAAUUACAAGACCCCGCCCACCGUUCCUGCGUUCAAGCAGCCCACAUCGGGAUUACCAACAGGCGAACGGCAGAAACUCAGGUUUCCGCCGAGAUUCCUGUCACCGCAUUCUCGCCAACCGCCCGCGCGUCAGCAGGCGCAGCAGAAACGACAGGAUAACUGCGAGCCCGCGGUUCCGACCAGCACCCAGCUCUUCAUCGUGUCCCAUAUCGACCUGUUCCCGACCCCUUCUCAGGAGGCUCGGGAAUUGCAAGAAGUUUCUAGGCCAGUGUCCGGACCAUCCAAGCCCGCCCCGUCCGGCCCAUCUACCACCAUAUCCGCGCCUGGGCCGCACCCGAGACGCUUUACUCGGCAAGUCGGCCAAAGCAGCGUGCCGAUGGCGCCGCCUCCUCGUCCGGUCGAAAGGCAAGUUGGCCGUGUCAACCGGCCGAUGGCACCGCCUCCCCGUCCGGCUGUCAAGACAGACGAGCCAAUCAUCCUGCCCUUCAUUUCCACCCAGGACCUGGUUCUCUCUUCUCAGGAGGUUCGUGAGUUGGAGGAACCCACCCCAUCGCGAAGCAGGAUGCCCAAGCCUCCUCCGUUCAAAAUAGACCGUCCCACAACCCAGCGUCGGCCAUCACCGUUGCCGUAUUCUCCCUCCCGGACUGCAGUUCACCACGCCGCCCAAUCUCGUGCCAAGCACCCACCAUUAGCGGACGACAAACCUCAACAACGGGCGGGCGGGCAUAUACAGGCAGCUCCAAAGCACCAUGCCGCUGCUGGGGACCGGAGUGGACCGGCGAACGACGGCCCACUUCCGAAACCCUUGGGGUCUGGUGCUGCUGCACCACAGCAAGCGGCAGAGCCUGCCGAGGCGCUACGCCGUUCGCCGGGUGAGAAACCCCGGUUCUUCGGCUCAAGUGGCGAAGGCGUACAGGUGUUGCUGGCUAUCAACCGCAGCCGCCAGACAUAUGAAGAAGAGGAGAGAAAGCGUGUUGCCGAACGGGAAGCCCAGGCUUCCCGUCAAGACCACCAGCCUGGUCAUCAGAGUUUGGCUAGCCAGCGCAGAGGAGCUGUCGCUGCGUCCCAGGAGACCGACUACGGCGACCUCGAGCUUGACACGGCAGAUUUGGACGAUCUGGACCCUACUCUCCUGGCGGCUUGAAGCUCAAGGAGCCGGGGUUCGGGCUCGAAAACGACUUACGAAGUGGGGCCU